UAUUAAUAAUGGUCGUCCACCUCCACCACAAAGAGUGCCAAAAUCUUCCUUGGAUUUGGAUCUUCGUUCUCUGUCUCUGUCUCUCUCCUUAGUCCCUCCGAUCUCAGUUCCUUCUUCGCGGAGCUAAUUCGAUCGGAGGAGGAACGGAAUAGAGAGAAAGCGAGCCUCAUUAUCUGGAAUCGUGGUUUGGGGACAACGAAGUUGCUGCUGUGCUCAUUUACGUUGCGGCAAUGAGUUUGACCUGCCUUGCAUGCCGUAACAUUGGUAGCCCAUCGCCAUCAUUCAGGAGCUACUCCGUGUCAAGUUCAAGCUCAGAGGAUGACGGGCAAUGCGCAGCUCUUAUCACCUGCUUGGCUCGCCGGGUCACCGUAGCUGCCACUGGGACAGGUAAUGCUAUUUCGACAUCCAAAGUAGCACCAUCGCCAAUUGUGGUAAGUAGUCAAGGUGUGGCAGGAACUCCCCGCCUUCAACGCAGCCGAGCUAUGAGCCGGGACCAAGUCAGAAACUGGAAUUUUUGAUCAUGCUAGAGGUGUGAAAGAACUUGUCAGUCUUGUGCGCGAGGGAGAGGAAGAACAAUUCCCCUACUGUAUAUUUGGUUCUUUUAGUACUCGCGUAAAAUUGUCUCUAGUAGCUUGUUUUUGUCUGUGAAUCGGGUUAUUUGCUCCCUUUUCUCUUGUCAACUGUUAGAUCUGUCAAUCUAGUGUGUGUUAUUCUCGAGUUAAACUUCAA